GUUCCCAAGAAAACCCACAUUAAUCCUAAAAUUUGCCGUAUCAUUCCGAGGCAUAGUAUGAUGUGUAAUUCCAGCGUCAAACAAAACCUAUGGAAGUUCUUAACUCUCUCCGAUUAAAAUCCCGACCAAAUUAGAAUCUAAUUCAGCCUCAUUAGGUCCUCUCUCCGUAAUUACCCCUAAAACAAAGGGUGUUAUCUGCAAUUUGCAGAAGACUCGAAUGCAAAAACUCUCCUUGAAGAAGGUGUUCUCUGCAAGUUCUCUUCAUUAAUUUUCCCCCCCACAAGGCAAUCUCCUCUCUCUUUUGAUCUCCCCGUAAAUGUUUGAAUAAAUGCCGACAAGAACCCAACUCCUCUUUCUCAACGGCUAAUAAUAGCGCCAUGUUCAAAUUCAAAUCCUUAACACUCUCUAAACCUCUCCAUGCACCAGAAAUCAUCCCUUUCUCAUCUCUUACAGCUUCUCCUGCCAUAACUCUAGGCUCAAUUCAACCCCAUUUGCAUCGCCAACCAAUUCAAAUCCAAGAUACCCAUUUUCUCCCAAUCUCCCCUGACCCUAGAUCACUCGUUUACGCCUUAAUCCAAUGCCGAACCACGACCCAGAUCAAACAAGCCCAUGCCCAAGCCAUCACCACUUCCAUGAUUGGAAACCUCGGUGUAGCCAACAAACUUGUUUACACUUACGCCCAAUUUAGAGCUCUAGACGAUGCCCAUUCGAUCUUUUAUCGAAUGAAGGAGAGAGAUAAUGUAACUUGGAGUAUAAUGGUUGGUGGGUUUGCUAAAAUUGGAGAGUAUGAGAAUUGUUUGAGAAUUUUUAGGGAUUUUGUUCGGUCGGGUUCGAGGAUUGAUAAUUACACUCUGCCCUUUGCCUUGAGGGCAUGUAGAGAUACGCAAGGUUUGAAUAUUGGGGUGGAGAUUCAUCAUCUUGUUUAUAAAUCUGGAAUGAGUUCUGAUGUUUUCGUGUCGGCUGCUCUUGUUGAUAUGUAUGCAAAAUGUGGGUGCAUUGAAGAUGCACGCAAGGUGUUUGAUAAAAUGUGGAGGAAAGAUUUGGUGACAUGGACGGUCAUGAUUUCAGGAUAUGCAGAGUGUGGGAAUCCUGAGGAAUCAAUGGUUUUGUUUGAUCGGAUGAAGGAAGAGGGGAUUGUUCCGGAUAAGGUUACAAUGGUGACAGUGGUCUUUGCUUGUUCUAAGCUAGGGGCAAUGCAUAAGGCUAAAAUGAUCCAUGAGUACAUAUUAAGUAAAAAACACUCUCUCAAUGUAAUUCUGGGGACAGCGAUGAUUGAUAUGUAUGCUAAGUGUGGUAGUGUUGAUGCUGCUAGAGAGAUAUUUGACGCUAUGAAGGAAAAGAAUGUAAUUACUUGGAGCUCAAUGAUAUCGGCUUAUGGUAUUCAUGGGCAUGGAAGAAAAGCCCUUGAGUUGUUUUCCCAAAUGUUGGAGAGUGGAAUUAGGCCAAAUAGGAUUACCUUUGUUUCAAUCCUUUCUGCUUGUAGUCAUUCAGGAUUAGUAGAUGAGGGAAGUAAAUUUUUCCACUCAAUGGAAAAGAACUACUUGGUACAACCCGAUGUUAAGCAUUACACUUGUAUGGUCGAUCUCUUCGGUCGUGCUGGUAGAAUAAAUGAAGCAGUGGAACUAAUACAAGAGAUGACAGUAGAGAAAGAUGAGGGAUUUUGGGGUGCGGUUUUAGGUGCUUGUAGGAUCCAUGGGAAUAUAAAUUUAGCAGAAAAUGCUGCGAAAAGUCUUCUUGAAUUACGCCCAAGGCACUCUGGUUACUAUGUUUUGCUUUCAAAUAUAUAUGCUAAUGCCGGCAAAUGGGAAGAUGUGGCCAAAGUUAGAGAACUAAUGACCGGUAGGAGAGUUAAGAAAAUUCCAGGUUGGACUUGGGUUGAGAUUAAUAAUAAGACUUAUCAAUUUAGAGUUGGUGAUAAGACCCAUCCGCAAACUGAGCAGAUUUAUGAUAUGUUGAAGGUACUUAGUGAGAAAUUGGAGAAGGCAGGAUAUGUUCCUGAUACUAAUUUUGUGCUGCAUGAUGUGGAUGAAGAACUUAAAGCGGGGUUUUUAUACACUCAUAGUGAGAAACUGGCAAUUGCUUAUGGUCUUAUUUCUACACCUGAAGGAACAACUAUUAGAAUUACCAAGAAUCUGAGAGUCUGUGGUGACUGCCAUACCUUUACUAAGAUGGUAUCGGGGAUUGUGCAUAGGGAGAUUGUUGUUCGUGAUGCCAACAGGUUCCAUCACUUCAAUGAAGGUUUUUGCUCCUGUGGGGAUUAUUGGUGACAAACUGAAUGCAAAUGUGGUAAAUCUCCUGUUCUGCUACAGCAUUUGAUUAUCUGAAUAGUUUUGCAAGAGACAUGACACAACGCUAGAUACUAUACAUAAUUGUUCACCA